AUGUCGUUCCUAGCCCGCCUCUUUCGUCGUGUCAAGGGCCCUACUGGUUUUGUCGGCAGGGAUCUUGAAGGGAAUAGAUACUUUGAGUACGCUAGCACCUCCGAUGACCCACGUAGAACAAAACGUGUUGUGAAGUAUGCGAAGGGUGCUGACAUGCUGGAAUAUGUCGGGGGAAACAGACGGUUGGCAGUGCAAUGGCUGUCAUGGAUGACCCAUACCAGACCGCAUCCACCUUCGCUGGAGGAACUGCAAGCCGAUGUCGAACGCCAACGACGGAUUCUCAACAACGUGGCGAUGAUAGAAGCCCGUGAGAAGGCUCAUGCGGCUCGAGUCGCCAUUUCAGAAGCGCAACAUACGCAAGCUCAAGCGCCUGCUUCAUCACCCAGGCUCCCGGACCCUAUGCAUGAACGGGCAAACGAAUGCAGCUCGAACGCCUCGGAUACUGCCGCAGAACGCGUACCAUUUGCCCCGCCAAGAAAGGAACCUCCUUCACCCUGGAAGCCACCACCGCCUGACGAACCUCAGAGCUGGACUCCUCGCAGUGCUGUUCGUCGAGGUGGAUGA